AUAUGUACUUAUUUAGGAGUCUGCAGCAUGUAGUGAGCUGUGUGAAUAAUUAUGGAGUGUUUGUUAGUCCUUUUUCUGCUUUCAGGGCUCUUCUGGAGCAGUUCUGGUCUUUCUCGACAGUAUCACUAUAUAAAUGAGAGAAUGUCCUGGAAUGAUGCUCAGAGUUACUGCAGAUCGAGGUACACUGAUCUGGCUACUGUAGACAGCAUGAAUGAUGUGAGCAGGCUGGUAAAAACAGUGGAUGCUGGUUACAGUGGAUCAGUGUGGAUUGGACUGAAGAGGGGGACACAGAGCCACUGGGGUUGGUCUGUGGGAGACAAUACUCUCACACAGUACAGUGGCUGGAAACCAGGGAAGCCUGAUGGUGAAGGAGAAUGUGUCUAUUUUGCCUUUGGAUUUUGGUUAAAUUACCCAUGCUCAAAGCGGCUAUACUUUGUGUGCUACAAUGAAAGCACUGGCUACAACAUGAUAAAAGCUUGGAAAAACUGGACAGAAGCGCAGAGCUACUGCAGACAGUAUUACACUGAUCUGGCCACCAUCCGCAGCUCUGAGGAACAAAGCCAGCUUUAUAGUAUUGUUGGGGAUGGGCCAUGGGUCUGGAUUGGUCUGUUCCAGGAUUCUUGGGAAUGGUCUGACCAAUGGAGCCUUUUCUUUAGAUACUGGGCAGCAGGACAACCAUCCCAGAGUUCAGGUUCUGGUGACUGUGUUGGCAUGUUGACAACUGAUUCUGGGAGAUGGGCUUCUGAUAGCUGUGAUCUAAAACGUCCGUUCAUCUGUCAUGGAGUGCCCAAUGAUGAGAAAAGUGUGUUUGUGCUGACUGGAGGUUCUGUUACACUGAAUAUACAGAUUGGAAACCUGCCACAGUUUGAUACAUUGGUCUGGAUGAAUAAUACAUUAGAAAGUUUUGUGACAUUUAUAACUAAAACUAGCAAGACAAUGACUUGUACUUCUUACAAGGACAGAGUGAUUUUCAAUCAGACAAGCUUCUCUAUAACACUGAAGAAUAUGCAGAAGACAGACAGUGGAGUGUACAGAGCACACAUAUUUGGACACAUUAACACAAAUGUUGCUGAAUACAAAGUAUCAGUUAUAGAUGCAGUUGAAGCUCCUGUCCUGAAUAUUUUCUCUAACUGGUCCAGUGACUCCUCUAUUGUGAAGGUCACAUGUAGAAGUCAUGACCUCAGCCUCAGCACCAGCUACAAAAACAACAGAUGCUGUCAAGAGGAAAUUAAGUCCUUUGGAAUCUCCACUCUCAUCCUGAAUUUUACUGAGGACUCCAUCAUCUGUAACCAUAGCAACCCAGUCAGCUGGAGGCAGGAAAGAAAGGAGAUUAAACAACUGUGUCCCUGAUAUGAAAGUGCAGCAGUGUGUCCCCCAGCUGGCGUGUCUUUGUGUCUGCUAAAGACUGUGCUGUUCUCUGUAUCUCUGGUGCUCAUGAUGUCUGCAGUCAUCACUGUUCAUAUCAGAGAGAAAUUGAAGAAAUCAUGAAGUCAAAAUUGUACUUUUAAUAAAGAUACUAGGUCAAUUUCAGGAUGCUAA